AUGGAAAUUGAACAUUUUGAGAACAGAACUCGACCGGCGUCCGCUGGACAACACCAUGAAUUUGACGACGAGGGAAUCUCAGCCUGCCACGAGCCCUCAAAGCUCCCCACCAAAAAUGAAUCUCUAUCAGCUGGCUCUGUUGGAGAGGUUGAAGAUCAGAGAGUCAUCAGAGGCAAUGAGAACUUCCAGCGACUUGGUUGGAAGCGUCUUACCAUAGUGCUAUUCGUCGAAGCCAUUGCUCUUGGAAGCCUGAGUCUUCCCAAGGCAUUUGCGACCCUCGGUAUGGUUGGAGGAGUAGUCUCUUCCCUUGGAAUUGGUAUUGUUGCGACUUAUGCUAGCUACGAAGUUGGAGCUGUGAAAGUGAAAUACCCCCAUGUUGAGCACUAUGGUGAUAUUGGGAGGCUUAUUUUGGGCGAGUGGGGCUUUUGGAUCAUUACCGUGGUCUUCAUUCUCUCCAUUGCAUUGACUGUGGGGUCUCAUACUCUCACUGGAAUCAUUGCUUUGACAAAUAUUACCCAGAGUGAUGUUUGUGCUGUCAUAUUCGGAUUUGUUUCAACAAUCAUUCUCCUGUUGUUGGCCAUUCCACCAACCUUUGCUGACAUUGCCAUUCUGGGCUACGUCGACUUGGCGUCCAUUCUGAUCGCAAUUGGAAUCACAAUCAUUGCUACUGGUGUUCGGAGUGCGCAAGCCCGAGAGAAUACCAAUCUACCAAGUUCAGAUUGGUCUGCAUGGCCCAAAGAGGGUACUGAUUUUGCCUCUGGGAUGGUGGCAAUUAACAACAUUGUCUUUGCCUACACAUUUGCACCCGCUCUACCGUCAUUCAUGAGCGAGAUGCAUACCCCAAAAGACUAUACCAAGGCUGUAUAUUCAUUAGGGCUUAUCGAAAUGGUCCUCUAUACUCUGAUUGGGUCUCUUGUCUACGCUUUCGUUGGACAAGACGUGAAGUCUCCUGCUCUGUUGUCAGCUGGGCCUCUUUUGUCCAGAAUUGCUUUCGGUGUCGCUCUACCAGUCAUCUUCAUAUCCGGCUCCAUUAACACCAGUGUUAUUGCACGCUACAUUCAUGGUCAUGUAUAUCGUUCGUCUGUUGUGCGAUACGUGAACACCAGAAUGGGCUGGAUAACCUGGAUUGCGCUCGUCUCAAGCCUGACCUUCCUUGCGUGGAUUGUUGCCGAGGUGAUUCCGGUGUUUUCGACCAUUUUAUCUAUCAGUGCUGCUCUUUUCAGCUCUGCUCUUUGCUUCUAUAUUCCUGCAAUUAUGUGGUUUGUCCUAACCCGAGAAGGCAAAUGGUACGACAACAUUCCAAGAGCGCUCUGCAAUGUCUUCGUUUUCAUAUUCGGUAUGGGGAUACUAGGAUGUGGCAUGUACGCCAACGUGGUUCAUCUGGUAAGUUCAGACGCAUCACCAAUCAUCGCAGCCUGCUGA